UAUCACCCGUGACUUCUGUUCAGAGCUGUGAUGUGCUCAAAGACACUGGUGGAGAUUUCAACCGUUGUUCCUUAAUCCUCACAGACCAGCAGAGGUGCAUACGUACAAUAUGAUUAUGGAUAUGGUCUAGUUAAACGCAGGCCUCCAAAACUCUUUAACUACAGCUAUGAGUGACAUUACGGGGCUGGAUGUGACCACACUUUGGCUUGUGCUCGCAGUGGUGGUGAUCACAGCUGCUGUAUUUCCUCUAUACCGUAUGAUGCUUCGGCAUUUAGCCAAGACAACUGUGAGGAAUAAAGUGGUGCUGAUCACUGACUCGUUGUCGGCUCAUGGAAAUGAAUUUGCGAAACGCUUCCACAGUGGUGGAGCCAGACUGGUCCUCUGUGGAAAUAACUGGGAGAGGUUAGAGACUUUAGCUGAGCAGAUGACAGAUAAAUCAGAUCCAACAUCUACAUUUCCACCUAAACUGGUGGAGCUGGACUUUAGUGAUAUGGAAAGUGUACCCGAGGUGAUCUCUGAAAUCCUGGAGUGUUUUGGCUGUCUGGAUAUUCUGAUCUUUAACAGCAGCAUGAAGGUUAAAGCUCCCGUUCAGUGUCUGUCUCUAGAGAUGGAGAGAACCGUCAUGGAUGUAAACUACUUUGGGCCCAUCACAUUGGCUAAGGGUGUUCUCCCAUCGCUGAUCUCCAGGAGAACAGGUCACAUUCUUCUAGUCAACAGCAUUCAGGGGAAGCUGACAGUGCCCUUCCGUGCCACCUAUGCCGCCUCUAAGCACGCAGUUCAGGCAUUUUUUGACUGUCUGCGUGCUGAAGUUCAACAGUAUGGUAUCAUUGUGAGCACUGUCAAUCACACGUUCAUAAACACUCCCACCACAGAGGAUGAGGCUAAAUCCACAGGCAAAACCUUUACUAAACAGAAAUCUCUUGGUGUGAAUCCGGAGGAGAUGGCAAGUGAACUUCUGAAUACUUUGAGCAGUAAGAAGAAGGAGAUUUUAAUGGCCCGCUUCAUCUCCAAAGCAGCGAUCUACACCAGAUCUCUCUUCCCCAACCUCUUCUUUGCCAUCAUGGCAGCAGGAGUCAAGACCACCACGGCUGAGAUGUCAGAAGAUGAAAAGGUCACUUAAAUGUAUAUUGUUGUGCCGCAGUUCUUAAAAUACACGAGUCAGAUUUGCUUCUCAUUUAAAUUGUUGCUAUUUAAUGAAUUGAGAUUUUGUUUGUGGAUCUUGAUCUGUUUUUUAACCAUCUUGUUAACCAUGCAUGCUAAACAACUUCUUUGUAUAAAAAUGAAAAAUAAGAUAAAAUGGACAUCUUGCAAAAUAAAUUUUCUGAUUUUCUUUCAUGCCUGAUAGAAUAUGAGGAUCUCCUAUAGAUGACUAUUGUCUAUAAAAGCAUGUGUGUAGGCUUAUGCAAUUUAUUUUGAACUCAUCAAAAUGAAGAAAAAUUUAAAUAUGGCAAUUAUAUUGUGACUAAAACAUGUCAAAAUAAAUAAAAAAUUUGAAACAA